GUCACCGGCUCUGUCUGGUGUUGCCGGAAAUAUGGCGGCUCCUGUGUAAGGGGGACGGUGAGAGAGGGAGGCAUGGCGGCGCCGGGAGGCCGCAGCGGGGACGUCAUACACCUCAAUGUUGGGGGGAAGAGGUUCAGCACUUCCAGACAGACCCUGACGUGGGUUUCAGACUCCUUCUUUUCCAGCCUCCUCAGUGGACGCAUUUCUUCCCUAAAAGAUGAAACUGGUGCGAUCUUUAUCGACAGAGACCCUACAGUGUUUGCUCCAAUACUGAACUUCUUACGAACCAAAGAGCUCGAUACCAGAGGCGUAAACAGUUCCCUUCUCCUACACGAAGCAGAAUUUUAUGGAAUCACCCCACUAGUGAGACGCCUACAGCUGUGUGAGGACUUGGAACGCUCCUCAUGCGGGAGUGUACUAUUCAAUGGAUACCUCCCUCCUCCAGUCUUUCCGGCCAAGAGGAGGAAUCGGCACAGCGUUUCUGGACUGCAGGUCAGCUCUAGAAGUGCUGGGAAUGAGCGUGCACCUGUUCGGAGGAGCAACACUAUGCCCCCUAAUUUGGGGGGUGCUGGCAUUCUCGGACGCUUGUUAGAAGAGAGGAGUUACGGAAAUGGAGGGCCCACUGGUGACCCUGGCAUGGUUCGAAUUAUUUGUGGACAUCAUAACUGGAUUGCUGUGGCUUUUGCUCAGUUCAUAGUCUGUUACAGAAUGAAAGAGACGUCCGGAUGGCAGCUGAUUUUCACUAGCCCUUGUCUGGACUGGGUGAUUGAACGGGUGGCUCUUAAUGCCAAAACCAUUGGAGGGUCCCUGGGAGACAAUGAUAAAAUGCUGGCUGUCGCAUCCUGUAGUGAGAUUAUCUUGUGGGCGAUCACUGGUGACGGCUCGGGAAGUGAAAUAGGGGUCUUUAGUCUUGGGGUCCCAGUGGAAGCCUUGUUUUUUGUGGGAAAUCAGCUAAUAGCCACCAGCCACACUGGCAAAAUAGGAGUGUGGAACGCCGUGACCAAACACUGGCAGAUCCAGGAUGUGGUACCCAUAAACAGCUAUGACACUGCUGGAUCCUUCCUUCUGCUUGGUUGCAAUAACGGGUCCAUCUACUAUGUAGAUGUGCAGAAGUUUCCAUUGCGGAUGAAGGACAAUGAUCUUCUUGUUACAGAGCUUUACCGUGAUCCCUCAGAGGACGCCAUCACUGCUCUCAGUGUCUAUCUCACACCAAAGACAAGUGAUAGUGGUAAUUGGAUUGAGAUUGCAUAUGGCACAAGUUCUGGAGUUGUCAGAGUUAUAGUUCAGCACCCGGAGACUGUUGGGUCUGGACCUCAGUUGUUCCAGACCUUUACUGUCCACCGUAGCCCAGUCACUAAAAUCAUGCUGUCAGAACGACACCUCAUAUCAGUUUGUGCAGAUAAUAAUCAUGUGCGCACGUGGACUGUCACUCGCUUCCGUGGUAUGAUUUCCACCCAGCCUGGAUCCACACCUUUGGCGUCUUUCAAAAUCCUUUCUCUAGAAGAUAUUGAUGGGCAUGCAGGCUGCAGUGCGGGGAAUGACAUUGGCCCAUUCGGAGAACGAGAUGACCAGCAGGUGUUUAUUCAGCGCGUCGUUCCAGAUUCUAACAUUGUCUAUGUCCGUCUGUCUUCCACUGGAAAGAGGAUCUGCGAGGUGCGCUCAGUGGAUGGUACCUCUAUUACUUCCUUCACUGUUCAUGAGUGUGAAGGAUCUAGCCGCAUAGGCUCCCGUCCACGACGCUACCUCUUCACUGGACAUGCCAGCGGUUGCCUCCAGAUGUGGGAUCUUACCACCGGUAUGGAGGUGGCGAAUAAGGGAGACACUAGAGCAGAGCAGGGUGGUCUUAGCCAGGAGGAGCUGCUGGAACAGCUGGAGCAGUGUGACCUGGCUCUGACCCGUACUCCUGAAAUGAGCCCCGCCUCAUCCUUCUCUCACACUGUGAACCCUCGUGCAUCAAUAUCCAGCUUGCAGUCCCAGCUGAGUGACGGCACACGUGAUCGAUUCUCAAGGCUCGUUAUGUCGUCUUCACUUCGUCUGCAGCCUGCAACUAAUCGCCCGUCCGAGGCUUGGGCCUCCCUCUGCAGUUUGCAGCCACACCUAUCAGGCAGCUUCCACUCAUUGCACCGGUCAGACACACUGCCUCGUUCAAGCGCAAAACCCAGUAAAGCUCAGAUCAACCAGCUCAAAGUUGAUGCCCAAGGCUCUAACCCACAGUCUCCCCAUAUCAGUGGUAAUUUUGUGGAGCGUUGUCAAGAGCUUGCCCGUUUCACGGAGUCCCACCAGUCUGACUCCCGCCGAUCUAGCAUCGAUGUGACUGCCAACCGAGCCAAGCCAUCACGGAGCUCUGCGUCAUUGAGACGACCCGCCUCACCGGCCCCUCAGCAGCCACCGGCUCUUUGCAUUGCCCCAUCUCCUUCUCAAUCCUCUGCAGCAGUAUUCGACAUUCCCACACCUUCGCCAUCACCUCCCAAACUCCCACCAAAGCCCAGAUUGAAUGAGACUUCCUUUUAACCAUUGCAGCGCUGAGAAGCCGCAGUGAAAGAGUGUCGUUCAUGUUGGCGAACGUGUACUCUUCUAGAGCAUAUUGAAAGUAUUAUGUAUAUUCAUUGCCAGCUGCUGAGCUCAGUAUUGACUGGGGAUUCUCUUGCCUAUUCCACAUAUUCUCCUAUUUAUUAUGGAUCCAUAACCCGUUCAGUUUAUUUUACUUCACAAAUUUUACUAUAAUUUUCUAAAAGCAGAAGCAACAGCAAUACGAAAUGAAGUCCCAAUUCACACCUUUGGAUUUUGCUGUGUGCCUUAUUACAACAGUGGUGUUACUCAUUGGUGCCUUUCCCGAGUGCCCUUCUGACUCUGGGCAUUGUACCAGCGUAACUGAUAAUACAGGGUCAAUGAAUAAUGUUAUAAUGUGCUUCUAACCAGGUAUAAUAGGAUAUGGACAACAUUUGAAGCAAUCACUGUGAACACAAACAGGGAAAUCGUUAUACUGUGCUCUGUCAUCUGUUGGCGUUGUCCAGCACAUAUUAUAUAUUGCUAUAUGUAACUAGUAUUCUAACCUAUCAUGUCUAUAGAUGGUCAUUGUUCAUGUCAUGCCACUAUCUCUGUAAACUUACCCUGUGGGAAGGAUUGUACUUUGGAAAUGGGGCGUUUUGGGUUUACCGAGCUAUACCUCUGCUGUUUGCCCUCCAGCAAUUUAGUUUGCAUAUAUAGUGCAGCAUAGACUGUUAUUAAAGAAUAACACAGAGGCUCUUGUUUUCACCUUUGUGUAUACAUGUUUAAAGGGGUUCUCCGGGCUAUAGGUAUUAAUGACCUGUCCUCAGGAUAGGUCAUCCAUAUCAGAUCGGUGUGUUCCCUGCCAUUCAGCUGUUUCAGGCAGCCGCCAGGGCCGGAAACUAUACAGUGUAUGGAGCUAGAAGCAGGUAACUCUGUACACUCUGUAGAGGCCGGCCCGGGGGACGUCAGCUUAACUCUCAUUUAAGUGAAUGGGGGCUGAACUGCAGUACUCUGCCACCGAAAACUACACAAUGUACAAAGCCUUCUGCUUCAUACACUGUUAGGUUUCCUGCACUGCAUCUGCAUAGCACCCCUUUAAUGUCCGACAGACCUCCAUUGUCAUGAUCCCUGGGGGACUCGGCAGUCCGUCUUCCACUGAUCAGAUAAAUGUUGCCUGUCCUUUUGAAUUAACUAUCCUGUGAUAUGUUGUUAUGAUGGAACAACCCGUUUAAUGUCUGACACAUAAUGGUAAUCACUUGUUAUUUGAUGAUCUGAGGACCUGAUCUAAAUCAUGAUCAGAAAUGAAUGAGACCUUUUAAACAUUGGAUAAACAGUGAUAAAAGCUAUCCCCUCCACCUCCACCUUUAUAUCGCUGUCCAUAGAGAUGAGAUGUAGCUUAUUAGACCCUGGUUAUGGACCCUCUGUUUCUCUAACUAUUGGAUCCCCUCCAGACUCUUCCCAUGGAUGAGCAAGUAGGGAUCUUAGUAGUUGUUAGAUGUAUGUUUGGUGCUACGCUGACUGUAUGUGAGGUAAAAAGGAAAAGGUGUCCGAAAAUGUUUUCCCUUUCCCUUAACAAUUAUUUUUUUAAUGGGAACGCAAGUCUUGGAUGCAGUCGAGUAAAGAAAUGUAAAAAAGGGACAAACCCUUAAAAGGGUAUUCUGCUUUGUAUCGGCAUCCUUUAAAAUAAUCAUUUAUGAAGAUGGCUGUAAUAUUGUAAUAUAUUUAUUACUCCUUUUAUCGCUCCUAUCUUCCGUUCUGGGCUGUGGUCACAUGACCAUGUCCAUGCAGCUCUGCCUUAUUUCCUGUGAUGUAAUGUCCAUGGGCGGAGCAAUGAUAAGGGAGGGUCUGCAUAACUAGCUGGAUGGGAGGGGCUAUACACCAGCUGGGCGGUGCUGGAGGUGUGGCAGAGGGAGAAGUGCAUCAUGGGUUUGGUUGGAUACAGGAAGUGCUACAUACAGGAUUUAAAGGGGUUGUCUCAUCAUUGACAAUGGGGGCAUAUCGCUUGCAUACGCCACCAUUGUCUUAUAGGUGCGGGUCCCACCUCUGGGACCUGCACCUAUCUAGAGAACAGAGCCUCGCAAAGUAGUGGCUGGAGGCUGACGACUUGCAGCAGAAAUUACAUUUCGCAGCAUGCCGUAUCUUUUGUGGAAACUGCAUCUGAGAUCGCCAGGGUGCAGGGCAAACAUUGUAGGAGAUGUAGUGCUGUGGUCCCUUGGAUCGUGAGGAUCCUGUCGGUCACCUCCCCACCAGCUUGUCCUAGAGAUAUGCUGUCACUUGGUGUAUUUGGAAAAACCUUUUAAAAAGCAGCAAAAAUUUUAUAAUCGAGUCCUGCAUUUGGACUGGUCAAGAAAAAUUAAAGGACAGGGGCUCCGUAAAUAUCCUUUACUCCUCAUGCAAACAACGUAAGCAUUUUGCACUCUGCUUACUGAAUCCACAAAAUAUAGAAGUGGUCCAUGUGCUGUCUGCACUUAUAUUGCGGACCUGUUGACUUAAAGAAAAUAGAACAUGUCCUAUACCUGUCCCUAAAUGCAGACCACAGGCCCAUUGUUUAAGUCAAUGAGUCCACAAAAAAAUGCGGACGGCACAUGGACUGCUUCUGUAAUAUGCGGAUCCAUGUUUAGCGGUGCACAAAAUACUUACGGUUGUGUGAGUGAGGCCUUAAAGGGAUUUUCUGAGACUUUACUACUGAUGAUCUAUCCUCUGGAUAGGUCAUCAGUAUCUAAACGGUGGGGGUCAGCUGGGCGCUCGCAGGAAUGCCGCAGUCUUCUCUCAGCUUUUCCUACGUUGGUGACGUCACGUUCAUCAGUCACAAGGCGCAGCUCAGUCCCAUAGAAGUGAAUGGAGCUGAACACAAUACCAAGCACAGACGCUAUACAAUGUACGGUGCUGUGCUUGCUGAGCUGACAGAAGGCCGCAACAAGGGGGUUCCUUCUCCAACAGCUGAUUGGUGGGAGUAUCUGACCUCCACCGAUCUUUUGAUGUAUCCUGAGGAUAGGUCAUCAGUUAUAAAGUCUUGGAAAACCUUUAAUUGCAUCAGAAGUGGAGUGACGGCGUCCUGAAUCCAUUCCUGCUCAGGACAGUAUAUUGCAUUAAUAAUGCUUAGUGCCAUUAUUUUUAUUAGGACAUUUUUAUUUUUGUGCGUUUUUUUUUUUUUUGUAUUGUAUGUAUGAUGCCUUCUGUCAUCUGACUGUUUCUAUAAUGUUAAUAAUAAAAAUAAGAUCUGUCCACUUUU